AUGCCCAAACAAAACGCCCCCAAAGGCGCUGCAGCCGCAGAUGCCUCCAGCUCAAUUACCGAUGCGCGAUUCUCGAAUUUUACAACGGACCCUCGAUUCCGAUUGCCUUCCAAGAAGCACACCCGAACCAAAAUCGAUAAGCGUUUCUCGCGCAUGCUCAAGGAUGAGGAUUUCUCGAAUACUGCAAAGGUCGAUAGAUAUGGACGGAAAUUAAGUGGCGAGGGGAAGAAGAAGGCGUUAGAGAGACUGUAUGUUCCCGACGAAGAGGAGGAGGAAGAUGAGGAAGAUGGAGACGUGGAAAUUGAGGUUGAAGAUGACGAGGUAGUAGAGAGGGAAUUGGCACAGGCGGAUGCGAAAUACGAUGCUGCGCGAGGUGGUGGAUUUUCUUCAUCCGAAGACGAGGAUGAGGAUGAUGACGAGGAGGGAGGCGUCGAGAUUGAGGAGGCUGAAUUCCCGGAUUUGAAGGCAGAACAAGGUGCCGUUGAGAUGGGUGAAGUUUCGAGCAGAUUUGCAGUCGUCAACUUGGAUUGGGAUAACAUUAAGUCUACGGAUCUCAUGGUUGUUUUCUCGAGCUUCGUUCGACCGGGCGGGAAGAUCCAUAAGGUUUCGAUAUACCCCAGUGAAUUUGGCAAAGAGCGAAUGGAGCGGGAGGAGAUGGAGGGACCACCGAAGGAAAUUUUCGCGGCUAAGAAGGAUGAGGAUGAAUGGUCUUCCGAUUCUAAUUCAGAUGAUAGUGAAGAUGAUGAAGAUGAUGAAGAGGCCGAUGAGAAGAUCAAGAGGAAUCUGCUCAAGGAAGACGACGGACAGGAAUUUGAUGGUGCCGCUCUGCGACAGUACCAAUUGGAGCGUUUGAGAUAUUACUACGCCGUAGUUGUAUGCUCUGACAAUGAAACCGCACAAAAGAUAUAUGAAGCUACGGAUGGAACAGAAUACCUCUCAUCGGCCAAUUUCUUCGAUUUGCGCUUCAUCCCAGAUGGAACAGAGUUCGACGACAAACCGCGCGAUGGAUGCGACUCCAUCCCCACUGGCUACCACCCUACCGAAUUCGUCACCGACGCUCUCCAACACUCAAAAGUCAAAUUGACCUGGGAUCAGGAUCCGGAGGAAGCAUCACGAAAAGACGCCAUCAAACGCGCAUUUAGCGGUAGCCGUACAGAAAUUGGCGAGAACGACUUACGCGCAUACCUAGGCAGUGGCUCUGAAGACGACGAAGAAUCUUCAGGGGAAGUAGAAGUCGUCACAGAAGAGAUCUCGGCACCCCUAACGAAGAAAGAACUCGCUCGCCAAAAGAUGCGCGCCGCCCUCGGUCUCGCACCUGAACCUACCGCUCCAUCGAAAAAGAAGGACGCUGCUCCAGUAGGAGACAUGGAAAUCACAUUCACAUCUGGUCUUACAUCCUCUUCGAAAGGAAAAGGAGUUUUUGAAAAUGAACCCAUCAUCGAGGAAACCACCGCUGAAGCCUACGUGCGCAAAGAAAGAGAGCGCAAAGCCCGACGAAAGGAGAAAAUCAAGGCAAAACGUGAUCCCGAAGCUGCGGCCAAGACAGAGACUGUAGUCAAUGAAGACGACGGCGCAAAAGAGGACCUCGGCUUCGAUGACCCAUUUUUCUCUAUAGAUCCCAGCGCACCAAAAGAUACGACUUCCAAAUCAACGAGAAAAGCAGAGCGUCUGGCCCGUCGCGCGAAGAAGGAAGCAGAAGCAGCAGCCAAAGCAACAGAACGUUCCCAACUCGAACUCCUUAUGCAACCUACCGCUGCCGAAGCCCAAAACCAAGCCCUGGACCACUUCGACAUCAACGAAAUCGCGCGCGCCGAGAAACGUGCUAAGAAAUCCUCUAAACAUAAGAAGAAGGAUGGUGAUGAGGAAAGUAAGAGAGGUGGCUUACAAAAAGGCUUCAAUAUUGAUGUCGGCGAUGAAAGAUUCGCGGGGAGGCUCUUUGGGAAUCAUGAAUUUGCUAUCGAUCCUUCCAACCCGAGAUUCAAGGGUACGGAGGGGAUGAAGAUGUUACUUGAGGAGGGCCGGAAGAAUAGAGAUAAGAGCGAGGGAGAUGUUGUAGGAGGGAAGAAAAAGGAUAAGAAGAGGAAGGCGGAUGGGGAGGUGAAGGAGAGUUUGAGUAGUCUUGUGGACAGUGUGAAGAAGAAGAGUAGGAAGUAA